AUGCCUGCAGUUCUCGUCCAGACAGCGUGUCCGAUACAGAAUAUACCGAGUGUGGCCGUGGCCAUGGAGCACCCCGGCGCAUCAGGCGCCGAUAAGAAGCGCAACAAGCUGGGAUACCACCGCACAUCCGUCGCAUGUGUCCACUGUCGCCGACGCAAGAUCCGAUGCCUGGUAUCGGCCGACGACAGCCAGGGCCGCUGCGAAAACUGCAUUCGGCUGAGGAAAGAAUGCCAGUUCUACCCGGUCGACCAACAGCCGCCGACAGAGAAAAAGACCCGACCUGGCGCAAAGCUCGAGGCGUCGGGGGUCGACCCGUCGGUAGCAUCGUCGUCGCCGCCAGCAGCAUUGGGGACGGGGUCGAUGGAUCCCAACGACAUGUACGCCUACUCGAUUCCCAUGCACUCGACGCCUGAAAUGGGGGAUGGCGUCGCGCAUCCGGAUCUGGUGGCUAGUCAAACAAUCGACCCGAACGCAUCAUGGGACGCAUCGGGCGGGCAUCAUCGCAUGGGUAAUCCGUCGCCGGUGAUCUGGACAACACAGGGCGGAAUACCAGGACAAGCAGCACAGAUAAUACCCACGGGCGCAGGCGCGUACGCAACAGUGCAGCCGGACGGCACGAUAUGGCCGGGGCCUCCGCAGCGGUCGAUGACGGUGCCCACGCAGGCAGAUAUGGGCGGCGGCGGCGGAGGAGGAGGACAGUUUGCUGCCGGCGCACCAUUCCCACAGAAUUCCAGUAUUCCGCCAGAACUGAAACGGCGAAUGACAAGUCCUGCGCAGGCUAUGGCCGGCUCGCCCAUGCAGAGCCCGUCGCCGGCGAAUAUGAAUCUGCAAGUGCCUGUGCCAGUACCCGUGCCAGUAUCCUAUGCGGCGCAACCGAUUGCGUAUAGGCAGUGGAAUGGCAUGGCCCCGAUGCCCAUGGACGGAGGAGCGGGCUACGCCAUGUUCUCGCCAGGACCGGUCCCGAGCAAUUAUCCCAUGGGCGGCCACCCGGGCCAGCAUCCUUCGUCGGGCCCAUAG